AUGACAACUGGAAAUAGCUCACUCUUCUUCUUGUAUACUGGGUCCAAUUUUACAAUUCAUUAUAUCCCUGCCGAUUUUGGUACUUCUUUCAUGUGGAUAGACGGUACUAGGGGUAUAGAUCUCAAGGACUAUGCAAACAUUGGCGGCACGUCGCCGUUUAAUCCCAAAUUCACAGCGGUCCCGGUCAAUGUCGUCGAAGGAGCGCAUCAAAUUCAUAUAAUUGGAGUCGUGAAUUCUGUUUCUGGAGGCAGUAACCUGACGUUUGCCGGCAUCACCGUACAGACAAGCGGAGAUAGUCAAGACGUUCGCCCACGCUCUUAUGGUCCAAACGCAGAUUUUAUUUCGUCCGCCGAAAUAAUCGAUGACACCAGUCUUGAUUUCAGAGGCGACUGGAGGCGUGAUACCGACUCGCCCUUUUCACACAACUCGACUCUUACAACGACAAAUACUACAGGAGCGAGCUUAGAGUUUCAGUACUACGGAAAUAUUUCACAAAUCGUUCUGUUCGGAAUGCAAUCCACGGAUAAUCCAACGGUCAACGUCACCCUGAUACCAAAGAGUGGAAGGACCAUGAACUAUACUCGGCUCCUUGGCGACGGUUCCCUGAAGGAUUUGAUCAUCCAAGGCUCUCUGUGGGAAGAGCGGGAAUCUCAGCAAAAUGACGGGUCCAAGCUCAGUAUCACACUGCUGAAGGGGACUCUAAACGUCGACUUUCUUGCAGUUCGUAAAACUGGCACCGUUGUCGACCCAAUCUACGGUGGUGGAUCCAAAGCUGUUAAUCCUCUUAUUAUAUGUGGGGUCAUCGCGGCCGUCAUGUUAUGUGGAUGGUCUAUAUUCUAUCAGUGGAGCUCCUGGAGGCAGAAACGUAGAGCCAAAAAGAAUAUGGAAUCCAAAAUGCAGCUUGUAUCCUCUCCAAAUAAUGAGGGGAUUUCUUUACAUGAGAUGCCGUCUGCUGGACAAAUACCUGGGUCGUCUCCAGAAGAGGACGAUGGCCAGCAGCGUCCACCCCAUAUCCAAAUACUCCCAAAUCCUUCAAACGAGGACCAGGGCUUGCCCUCGGUACAAGCAAAUACUCUUUCCAUUUCACCUCUCGGGCCGUCGCGAACAUCGAUUCCUCUCCCAGUAAACAACACUCAUUCAUCUCCAAUCCCAGCCACUGAGUCGCUGCCCGCCUGGAGUCCUCCUCCUCCAUCAUACCGAACCGUUUCUGAAUUGCUCGUAGAGGACCGCGCGGCGAGAGGGCUCAUGCCCUUGACUCCUGAAUCCCUGGAGCGACUCUUUGAGCGGGUAGUGGAGUUGCGUGGGGAACGUAAUACUUCACGCGGCGCCAGUGGUCUUAGCGCGGUGCCAGAGGAGAUGGACGAGGAGCUAGAGGCUUUGGCGCGGAGAGUUGCCGACAUCAACGCCAUGCAACCGACCAUCAAGAGAUGA